AGAGCGGGGCUGUGGUCAGUCUGAUCGUUGCUCCUCGCCAUAGGUGAUGUCUGGGAAUAAAAGCAUGGAACUGGACACAGAGAUGCGCUCUCGUAGCUCCGCCCCUGAAUAACAUCACCAUCAUCAUCACAGUCGGAAAGGAAGAACUGGAGGGCACGAGAGAGAACGCACGCGGACUGUCAACCUGCUGCACGUUCAUCCAUCACCUCUGAAUGCUAAUAUGAGGAAGCCUCUGGUGUGCUGAAGGACAUCUGGAUUCUGCAGAUUUACUGUAGAAGUAGCAUUCUCAGCAUGUGCUAAGCCCAACUGUAUAGUGUAACAAGAGAGAGCACAUGAGCAUCGAAGCAGAGAGAACGGCCAUGGCCUCCGACGUGCAGCACCAUCAGAUCGUCUGUGCCCGCCAGCGCUCUCAGCGCUUGUGGAAGAAACUCAGGCCAGCACGGGUGCUCGGCCUCCUCAUCAGUAUUUUAGCAAUAAGUGCAGUGGCCUUCUCGUGGCGCUCUACUGCUCAGUGGGAGGGGCUACACAGCCACGCCCCACACAGGACACUGCUGUCCACACACCUGGGUUACCACAGCAACCUCUCGGAGGACACACCCAUAGCCAUGCGCUCGACCGCAGAGUCAAACGAGAGUCAGGGGGGCUAUCCGACUGACCUGUUCAGCCUGGAGGACCGUCGGCAUGGUGCUGUUGUGUUACACAUGUUCGGCAUGAUCUACAUGUUCAUUGCUCUCGCUAUUGUUUGCGAUGAGUUUUUUGUCCCCGCGCUCACGGUCAUCACAGAGAAACUCAAGAUCUCUGAUGACGUGGCAGGCGCCACCUUUAUGGCGGCCGGGGGCUCGGCUCCUGAGCUCUUCACCUCCGUCAUCGGCGUAUUCAUUUCCCAUAGUAAUGUGGGCAUCGGAACCAUCGUCGGCUCUGCUGUGUUCAACAUCUUGUUUGUCAUCGGAAUGUGUGCCGUGUUCUCGAAAGAGAUCCUGAACCUGACGUGGUGGCCUCUGUUCAGGGACGUCUUCUUCUACAUCGUCGGCCUCGUCAUGCUCAUAAUUUUCUUCCUGGAUAACUACAUCAUGUACUGGGAGAGUAUCAGUCUGCUGCUUGCCUAUGCCACCUAUGUGCUCUUCAUGAAGUUUAAUGGGAAUGUAGAGACUCUCGUCAAGGGCAUCAUUAACAGAAACCAGGUAGUGGAAGUGGAGGCCCAGCCAAAGUUGAGCCCUAGUGGAGUGGAGGAUGACAGCAAGCUGUCGGCCAAACCACGGCUGCAGAGAGGAGGAAGCUCCGCGUCUUUACACAACAGCCUAAUGAGGAACAGCAUCUUUCAUCUGAUGAUCCCACAAUUCACUGACUCUGCCUUCCCAGUCCACCAGAUACUGGAGCUGACCCCCUUCUUCGUCUCGAGUCCAGUAACACAUUCACCCUAUAUGCCGGAGUUCCAAUAUCAAAGUCCAAUAUCAAAGUCCAAUAUCAAAGUCCAAUAUCAAAGUCCAGUGGUGGUGGUGGUUCUGGGGCUUCAUGGCCAGGGUCAGCUCCCGAGUGGACGGUGGUGGUGGUGGUUCUGGGGCUUCAUGGCCAGGGUCAGCUCCCGAGUGGACGGGUUUGAAAAGGGACACAUGGAAAGAGGGCCAACAUACCUGGGACUGAGCUUCCUGCUUGGUAGCCGCAACUUGAUGUCCUUCGUGGAGAGCCAGACCCGUUGUCCUGAGCUGGGGACUUAUGGCAAGCUAAAAUAUUAUCACUCAAUGACCGAGGAAGAGCUGGGGACUUAUGGCAAGCUAAAAUAUUAUCACUCAAUGACCGAGGAAGGAAAAUUCCGCGAGAAGGCGUCCAUCCUUCACAAAAUUGCCAAAAAGAAAUGCCAGGUGGAGGACUCAAAUGGAGUUGCUGAAAAGAAUCUGCCAAACAGCUCAAGUGUCGAGGUAGACGUGACGCCACCGAUGAAUGGCACCGCUGGACAGGACGGAGAUACGGGUGAAGAGGAUGAUGAGGAAGAUCAGCCUCUGAGCCUGUCGUGGCCCGAGUCCAAACGCAAGCGCCUCACGUAUCUCUUGAUCCUGCCCAUAGUCUUCCCUCUGUGGAUGACACUGCCGGACGUCCGGAAGGCCAGUUCCAAGAAGUUUUUUCCCAUUACGUUCCUGGGAGCGAUUUGCUGGAUCGCGGGAUUCUCCUACCUGAUGGUGUGGUGGGCUCAUCAGGUGGGAGAGACUAUAGGAAUCACAGAGGAGAUCAUGGGACUGACGAUUCUAGCGGCGGGAACCUCCAUCCCUGAUCUGAUCACCAGUGUCAUUGUGGCCCGGAGGGGUCUGGGAGACAUGGCAGUGUCCAGCUCCGUGGGCUCCAACAUAUUCGACAUCACUGUGGGGUUACCGCUCCCAUGGCUGCUGUACUCCAUUAUAAACAGUAUGAGCCCGGUUCAGGUGAGUAGCAACGGUCUGUUCUGCGCCAUCGUGCUGCUCUUCAUCAUGCUCCUCUUCGUCAUCAUCUCCAUCGCCGCCUGUAAGUGGAAGAUGAGCAAACUGCUGGGCUUCAUCAUGUUCCUGCUCUAUAUGGUCUUCCUGGUGGUCAGCGUCAUGUUGGAGGACAAGGUCAUCAUCUGCCCCAUCUCUGUCUGACGUCUCAUUUACACACGCAUGAAGCUAAAACCGGACACCUGCUGACUUUACUUCACCUCUGUAGGCAUUUCUGUUCUUAUGACAGAGUUCUCAGCCUCCUUCGCACUUCAUCUAACGCCCUGUGUGUGUGUUUAUGGGGUUUUACACACUUAAAAACGUUUUAAUAUUAAGAUUUGUAUUAAUACUUGUUUUCCAAUAAAAUAUCUAAAUGUCCUUAAAGAAGAUAACUGAACUGUCUACUUGAGAAGCAAAACUCGUUUUCAGA